AUGGAGAAAAUGUUUGAUUGCAUUUUUGCAUAUGCAUUCCUAAUUAGCAUAACCUUCCAAAUGCUUUCUUCUGAAUCCAAACAACCUAUGAGCCUUGCAACUGAUCGAACUUCCCUUCUUUCACUCAAACAACACAUCACCUCCGAUCCUUCUCUUUUACUUUCAACUAAUUGGACCAAUUCGAGUUCCGUCUGCAGCUGGAUUGGCGUCACUUGCAGCUUGCGCCACCAACGAGUAGCUGCCUUGAAUCUCUCCAACAUGGCUCUCUCCGGCACCAUUCCACCACCGCUCGGACACCUCUCCUUCCUCGUCUCCCUCGACCUCACCAGCAACCUUUUCCAUGGAGACUUGCCUCAGGAGCUGUCUCUCCUUCGCCGUUUGAAGUUCAUAUCUUUCCGGCUCAACAACUUCACCGGAGACUUCCCUCCGAUGUUCGGUCAGUUACCAAAACUAGAGUACUUGAAUUUACGCAACAAUAGCUUCAUAGGUUUCAUCCCAAAAUCGCUCUCAAACCUCGCAAACCUACAAUUUCUAAGCUUAUCUUCCAAUUCUCUAAGUGGAGAAAUUCCAAAAGAGUUUGGGAGAUUUCGAAGUCUACAAACUCUGUCGGUUGCAUUCAAUCAUCUGUCAGGUGCUAUACCAUCAGCCAUAUUCAACAUAUCGACCCUUGUAUCUAUAGCUUUGUCACACAAUUAUGAAUUGAGUGGAAGUCUUCCAACGGACAUGUGCAGUAAUCUUCCAUCUCUUACUGUGCUUCGUCUUUCUGAUAAUCGGUUGAGUGGUGCGAUUCCCACAAAUGUAUCCCAAUGUUCACGACUAGAGGUUUUGGGCCUCUCUUAUAACUCUUUUAGUGGGCAGAUACCUCAGAAAUCGGAUACUUAA